CGGGAGAGCGCGCUGGAGUUAGUUGCGAGUUCCUCGUAGAGAGUUUGUGGCUUAACGAACCAGUGAGAUAGAACAGCAGCGCCAUCCGCUCGGCCGAGCAGGGAGCGCACAGCACGCCGUCGGGGCAGCCCCAAGCCCCAAGCAAGAGCACACAGAGACACCAUGCAGGACUACCUCGCCCACCCCUCGGACCUGAGCAAGGGCCACACUGUAAUAGUAGACGGGAGAAGACUGACCAUGGCGAAUUUGGGGAAGGACAUCGUCCACGGCGAAGUCAAAUUACAAGGACCACCGCGACCCUCCAUCAAAAAACAGUUCCCGCAGGAGCCGAGCCCCUUCUCGCCCGACCGAUCGAGACAGAGAGAGCACACUGGAGUGAAGAGAAUACCACCACCGGAUGGUAAACCAGUGAAACCCUUGCCCAUCCUGAGGCGAGGCGUCGCACCGGCUCAGAGAGAAUCGGAGCUAGAACAACCGAGGCGAAUGCGCAAAUCGGGAGAAGCCAUCGCCAAGUGGCAGCAGGUCGACUACGACACGCUGAAUCCCUGCGGUAUCCAGUACGAGAACGAUUACAAGCAUAAACCGGAAGGUGAAAAUGUCUACGAGGAGGACAUGUCAGCGAAGGCGCGGUUCCGCGAGGCGUGCUUCGGCGGCGGCCACGGCGCGUCCAUGGGUUUAAUUAGGCACAUCUUCAAGAGGUUCGACACGGACGGCGACGGGAUGCUUACUAGGGAUGAACUGCGACUCGGUCUCCAGUCGAGGAAUCGGGACAUCACGCACUUCGACGCCUUCUGGACGGAGAUCGAUCGGGAUGCGAACGACAAGAUCGACAUGCUCGAGCUGGCGCGGGCUUUAGCUGAAGACCAGGAGGACAAUUUGUUCUUGAAUGCGGAUGAAAGCAUGCCGCCCGCCGGGUCGCCGGCGCCUGUUUCUGUGAAUCGGGGCAAGCGCGACGGCGGCGCCAUCGCGGAGUGGUGCUUGGGCGGCGUCCUUUUGCCUUCGCGUGACCGUGUGCUCGCGUCGCCCGCCGUGACCCCGUGCUCGCGCGGGAGUCGCGUCGAUGGCGUAAAGCGCGACUCGUGAGAGCCACACCAUCGCAACACGCAGGCAGCGCGCCCCCUACGACAUUUUAAGUCCUGGACCGAGACCAGAAAGCCCUUUCAAGGAGUUCCCGAAUUCUCCAGUGAGGACGUCGUUGGAUCGCCUGAAGCGCCAAUUAUCAUUGGCGUGCCACGGCGCCGGCGCCGGUGCGUCCAUGGGUCUCCUCCGAUCAAUAUUCAAGCACUUUGAUAAAGAUGGCAACGGGCGCAUUUCGACGGACGAGCUGAAACGGGGGUUGCGGAUGCACGGUGUGGAAGUGGCCGAUGACGAUUUAACGGCAAUUUCAAAAGAGAUGGACCUGAACAAGGACGGUUUUGUUUCAUUAUCAGAAUUUGCGCAUGCCAUUUGUGGUGGGUUUGAAGAGUUGACGCCUGAGGAAGCUCGCGCGCGGCGGCCGCCGAUGUCUCCGCAAAAACUAAGGCAGGACUUCGACGCCAUACCAACCUCAGUGAUUCGAAAGGUCUUCGCGGACUUGGUUCGGUCGGGCUGUCCGAAAAAAGUGCCUUGCGCGCGGCUGGCCGAGGCUUUACGGAGGCACGCUUUACUUGAUGUGACGGAGAACGACCUGAAGGAGCUUUCUUCGGCGGAUGCGCUGACCAUCGAGGAGCUGUAUGCGGCGGCGUACCGGGAGGCGGGGGCGUAAGUUUCGUUGGUUCGA